AUGCCUUUGGGCCUGCCAGUGGGCUUCCGGUCUCCAGUGCGUCAUGGUUCAAACGCGUCGGACAUGAAGGAGAACGCAACUAUCGACACAAUUCCGAAUUGGGCAUUCUGCAGAGCCAUUUUGGUCGAUAUUGGCGGGCUGUGCAACGAUAGGGAUCUACUCUGCCGGUCAAAGAAUGCGCGGUGCUUUCAGGCCAACAUUCCCCCCACUUGCCAGUGCAAACUGAACCACAUUCCCAUAUACCAGGAGAACUUAAAAUAUCACGAGUGCUUCCCAAUCGCGCACUGCAACACUACAGAGUAUAAAGCCUGCGCCAACUCUCACGGCGUCUGCGUUGAUAGCAAUGGUGACUCCCAGCCGGACCAAUGCGUCUGCCCUCCCUUCCUGUCAAAGCGGAGGUCCAACGUGCAGGCGGGGAGCGACGGUCAACGCAUAGACGGCGGCGAGGCCAUUUCCUAUGACGCCAACUGGUCCUCCAUGAAUGUCAUUCUGGAGAAACAAGUUCAUUCUAUUCGGAUCGCCUGUUCAACCAGCACACUCCUGGUGUGCUUCUAUCCACCCUCAUCGGCGCCCUAUCAGUCCCUCAACCAGGAUCUCGCCAACGGACAUGCCAUUGCCUACUUUGUGGGCGCCGGGCAGUCAGGCCAGAUGAUGGAACGUACCUGUGUGUUAACCUUCAGUGAACUGCGUUCCCGCGGUCCUCUGUCCUACCGCCUCAGCGCUGCUGCCCUCGACGGUCACACGACUCUCUUUACGUCUAUGGAGCAACACCUCUGCACUUAUAUUGACUUCAGCAAACAUUCUGCUAAGCGCUUACCCUGCGGAACGACUGUUCAUCGGAACAAAGUGAGUUACGCCUCAAUAAAGCGGACUAUUUCCGAAAUAUUGGAGGCCCUGUGGUAA